AUGGCUGUUUCAACGAGCCCCUGUUUUGCACAGACUGCUGCAGAACCCAACAUCAAAGGCAUCCAUUCCAUCGUAUCAGUCAAUGGACCGGAUCAUUUUUUCAAGAAACUUCACUCAUUAAAGUCGGCCUGCACAUUCACCUUGCUCAUGACGGCACUCCUUGUCCCAGCAGCACUGAAUACACAUCCGACCUCUUUGAUUGGUCCAAUACCUGAUGAAAAUAUCGACUAUGAUGAUUAUCCGGAGGGAGCUUCCAUUCCACUUGUCACAGACUCAGAUCAUCUGGCUACAACCAUAGUAGACAAAUACGGUGUUCACUCCCAAUCCAUAUGGUAUUGCCACUGCCCCGGUGCUCUCGACCGGGAUAUGCAGCUCUUUCAAGCAGGCUUGUUUCCAGCAUCCUUCACCAGACCAAAAACUGCAUUUAUGUUCUCUGUCUUGGACGACUUUCUGCUAGACAACCUAGAAUGUGGUACAUCAGCCAUGAAUUACUACAGUAAGAUCCGGAGGCUAACCUCGAGCAUCUUUCCAUUGAUGGUUCCUGAUCGCUACAGAGAGCUCAUGAGAACUGCCAGACAGUGGCACCAAUGCAAGCUUUACAAGUGGCAUGGGUUUGCCCACGAAGAUGAUGAGCCAAAGGCCGGUGAUCUCGCCCUAUUUUGUCCUGCGUGUCCUCAACCGGGGAUAAAUUUGGACCUGUCAACUGAUACAGCCACUGACCCCGACAACACCCCCUCCUGGCUCUUCACCAGGACUUUCGUCAUGGAUGGUAAUUUUAAAGCCGAGCACCUCCAUCCGGUGAAUCCAUCCGAUGAAGUAUCAUUGAUGGAUGGUCUUGCAUUCAUGGUCAGAGAUGAAAGAUACAAGAAUCAUUUGUCUAUUGCCCAAGACCGCGUCCAAAAGUCAGAUUGCAACAAUCACCAUGCAGUCAAUCAAGCAAAUGCCUCCUGGCAAAAGCUGGAAGCCACCGGGAUAGGAGGAUGUGCAUGUGCACGCCAUGGAUGUUUUGUCCCACAUUCCAUGGUGGAUUUUCAGAAGGGUGAAAGGCAGAUGAACAUGGACUAUGCCUUGAGUCAAGCACUCAACUACAAUACCAAUGGAAUCUCGUGUGUGAUAAUGUUCUAUGACAUAAAUUGUCAGUAUAAUAAGUUUCUCAAGGACCGGAUCGCAUCCAGCAUGUAUCUUUUGAUCCCUGUGGGCAUGGAUAUCAUUCCUAGAAUAGGUUUGUGGCAUGUACAUGGGCAUCAGGACAGCUGCUAUGUCUGGUAUGCAUCAAAUUUUAUCCACGGGACCGGCAGGAUAGAUGGAGAGAUCAUGGAAACACUCUGGGCAACUUUGAACAUAAUUUCUCCAUCGGCCAGGGGCAUGGGAACUCUGCAUCGCAAGGAGGUAUUAGAUUAUCAGAUGAAUGAUUCCAACUUCAUGAAAAUGAUUCGCAUAACUAAGUUUCUGUGCAGAAAGUUCAAGGAGGCUGCCAGGGGUGCUGCAGAGAGCAAACUCUCACUCCAAAAUCUUAAUGAGACAGCUCACCCCAACACGGUCAUUCUUUGGGAAGCAGAGGAGGCACUUGCUCAGGCCAACCGACUGGAGGAUCCAACAGCCAUGGACAUUUAUGAGGUCCGGUUGGAAAAGGGCAAGUCAAAUUCCACCAACAUUCAUCCGGGCCGGAUCGCAUUCUGA